AUGUGUCGUCAAAAAGAGGUGAACAUUUCCCUAUUGGAGAAGAAAACAUCUGAUUUGAAAGCUGAACUGAAAUCUUUUAACGACAUCCAACAUGAUCUGCAACGAGUAGCAAAAGCGUUCGAUUUGAAACCUGAACAGCAAAUUGAAAGCGAAUCUUACAAGUGCACCUGUGGGCAGUGCUAG